CAUACCACAGUUCAUAUCUGACAGUGGUGCAAGUAGGGUGUAGCGCCAUCCGCUCCGCACAAGGAUGGCGUCUUACGAAGAAGUCGGGAUUGGCGAUGCCGUUCUUCUCGAUGAAAUAUCUACUAGAGCUUUCGUGGAUAAUCUGAGAGUCAGGUUCAAUGGCGGCAAGAUCUACACGUACAUCGGGGAGGUGUGCGUGUCCGUUAAUCCGUACCGAACCAUUAACUUGUACGGCAAGGAGUACGUGACCCAGUACAAAGGCCGCGAGAUCUUCGAGCGCCCCCCGCACGUGUUCGCCCUCGCCGACGCGGCGUACAAGGCGAUGAAGCGGCGCGGCCAGGACACCUGCAUCGUCAUCUCGGGCGAGUCGGGCUCGGGCAAGACGGAGGCCUCCAAGAUCAUCAUGAGGUACAUCGCCGCCGUCACCAACGUCGCCGGCCAGCAGGAGAUCGAGAGAGUGAAGAAUGUGCUACUGCAGUCUAAUGCCAUCCUGGAGGCCUUCGGUAAUGCCAAGACCAACCGCAACGACAACUCCUCACGCUUCGGCAAGUACAUGGACAUCAACUUUGACUUCAAGGGUGACCCCAUCGGUGGCCACGUACAGAACUACCUGCUGGAGAAGUCGCGUGUUGUCCUCCAGCAGUCAGGGGAGAGAAACUUCCACUCCUUCUAUCAGGUCCUCUUUGGCGCGACAGACUCCGAGCUCUCCAAACUCAAGCUGAAGCGUGACGUGAACGCCUACCACUACAUCCGCCAGGGGGGUACGCCCAGGGUGGAUUCCAUUGCAGACAAGGUGGACUACAAGGCAUGCCAGUCCGCCUUCAAGACCCUAGGGUUCACGCCAGAACAGACCGAUGCCAUUUGGAGGAUUGUCAGCGCCAUCCUGCAUUUGGGUAAUAUUGAAUUCACCUCUGGGGGUGAUGAGACACAGAUCAAGAACCCGAAGGAGGUGAGCAACAUUGCAGAGCUCCUGCGUGUGUCGCCUGACCAGGUGACUAAGGCACUAUGUCACCGAGUGAUUGCAGCACGAGGCGAGGUCAUGGAGAAGCGGCACACAGAGAGUGAGGCCAGCUAUGGGCGUGAUGCAUUUGCAAAGGCCAUCUAUGAGAGACUCUUCUCCUCGAUUGUGGAAGGGGUCAACAAUGCUAUUCAAGUGCGUUUCGAAGGGGCUGAGGCCAAGUACAAGUACAACACUGUUAUUGGAGUUUUGGACAUCUAUGGGUUUGAGAUCUUUGACCGCAACAGCUUUGAGCAGUUCUGCAUCAAUUACUGCAAUGAGAAACUGCAGCAGCUGUUCAUUGAGCUGGUGCUGAAGCAGGAACAGGAGGAGUACAGGAGGGAAGGCAUUGCAUGGCAAACCAUCGAAUACUUCAACAACCAGAUCAUUUGUGACCUGGUUGAGCAGUCCCACAAGGGCAUCAUUGCCAUUACAGAUGAAGCAUGUUUAAAUGUGGGCAGAGUGACAGAUGAGAUGCUGUUGGAGGCAAUGGAAGGCAAACUCAAAGGACACAAGCACUUCACUACUCGCAAGCUGUCACCAAUGGACAAGGAACUUAAGCAUGUUGAAGAGUUUCGCAUCAAGCACUAUGCUGGUGAUGUGGUGUACAGCAUCAAGGGUUUCCUGGAGAAGAACAAGGACACACUCUUCCAAGACUUCAAAAGGCUGAUGUACUCCUCCUCAGAUCCUGUGAUUUCAAGCAUGUGGCCAGAGGGUGCCCAGGAUAUCACAAUGACAACAAAGAGGCCACUAACAGCUGGUACUCUCUUCAAAAACUCAAUGAUUGCACUGGUAAAGAACCUGGCCAGCAAGGAGCCCUACUAUAUCCGCUGCAUCAAACCCAAUGAUCAGAAGUCCCCCGUAAUCUUUGACGAGGAACGAGUGACUCAUCAGGUCAACUACUUAGGUCUUGUGGAAAAUUUGCGCGUCAGAAGAGCUGGCUUUGCAUACAGACAGAGCUAUGAUCGGUUCCUAAGAAGAUACAAGAUGAUAUCCCAGUACACAUGGCCAAACUUCCAUGGUGGCACAGACCGUGAAGGCACCAAGAUCCUGGUGGAGGAACAAGGUUUCAGUAAUGAUGUCAAGUACGGGAACACCAAGAUCUUCGUCCGGUCGCCACAGACACUCUUCGCCAACGUGCCCAAGUCAGACUGGCCGCAGCUCAGGAUCAAGGUGAUUGCCGGAGAUGUUCUCAUGGGGAAACGGGCAGACUGGGGAGUGCGAGAGACAUGGGAAGGAAACUACUUGGCAUCCACGAGAGAAAACCCGGAUUCCUCUGCAUUCCAGUCUGCCGUCAAGAACAUGAGGAACAAAGAUGGGUUUAGGGAGGUGUUAUUCUCCAGCCUUGUGAGGAAAAUCAACAGAAAUGACAAGAUGUCUGAGCGAGCCAUCCUGGUGACAGACAGACAGAUCUACAAACUGCACAGCAAGACUUUCAAGCCCCUGAGAUCCCCCAUACCUAUCUUGGAGGUGAGUGGAAUCAGUGUGAGCCCAGGCCAGGACCAGUUGGUGAUCAUUCACUUGCGAGGAGGCAACGAUUUUGUGGUCUCUCUGAUGUCCCAGUCAAACGCCAACAGAGUGGGAGAGCUCACGGGACUCCUCCUCCGGCAGUACCAGCUUCUGAAUCGUGCUGACUUGCGUGUUGUAGUGGCUGGAACUCUGCAGUGCAUGCUGGGAAACAAGUCACGCAUGGUUGCAGUUGAGGAGACAAAUGUUGGAACUUUCCCAGCGUUUAGGAAGGGCACAAAGCGAGGUGAGCUUGUCUACUCGUGGCCAGAGUCUCUGAACAAGGCUCUCCCUCCACCUCCCCAGACCAACCUUCACCGCCAGGCUCCCAACCCCCCCUCAAGGCCCCCGCCAGGAGCCACACAUCAAGGGUGGCGGUGGCUACCACAAUGUUGACAGGAAUAGCAACGGCAACGGCCAUGUCUAUGCCAACACAGGAAGAUACUGAGCUCAGACUCACCACUUUCCUUCAGAAAAAGGCAGUGGUGAAUGUUUUUUAUGGGAAUGAAGAUAUUAAAGUGUGCCUUAUUUUCAUAAUUUGUAUAGCCCCUUCACUAGAGACUUUCUCUCUUACUCCAUUUUUUUUUUUUUUUUAUUCAAG